GACGCAUAUAUUCGUUGGCACGGAGAGCCAGGCAUCUGUAGCGAUUACCCUGGUCCUCCUCGCUCCCCUCGCCUCUCUUCGGUCGGCAGUAAUCACCGGGACAAGGAAAGGAAAUCCUCGAUCUCCCGUCCCAACUCCUCAGCAAGCGCGCCGAGAGGAGGAGCGAAGCCAUGUCCGUGCCGGGGGCGGGGCAAGCGGCGGAGAGAGAUGAGCGCGGGAGGGACGACUACGAGCAGCAGCAGGCCCGGGUGCUCAUGGCGCUGAUGCGGGGUUUCUGCGCCGCGCGGUACCGCAAGGCCGACAACACGCCAUGCCCCAUCGAGCAGGGUCUUUACUUGGGAUCUGUUGGCGCAGCAUUGAACAAGGAGGCUCUUAAGAGCUUGAACAUCACCCAUGUAUUGAUUGUAGCAAGAUCAUUGAAUCCAGCUUUUCCAGCUGAAUUCAAUUACAAGAAGAUCGAGGUACUUGACAGCCCUGACACUGAUCUGUUAAUGCACUUUGAUGAAUGCUUUAGUUUCAUAGAUGAAGCUAGAAGCUCUGGAGGCAAUGUGCUAGUCCAUUGCUUUGCUGGGCGGUCAAGGAGUGUGACAAUUGUUGUUGCAUAUCUAAUGAAGAAGCAUCGAAUGAGCCUCAAAAGUGCCUUAUCUCUAGUUAGAAGCAAACGACCUCAAGUGGCUCCUAAUGAGGGGUUUAUUUCCCAGCUGGAGAACUUUGAGAAAUCCCUGGAAGUGGAGCAGGAACAGAGAACGCAUUCUUUGCAGAGCUAAUUAUAGGUGUAGGGGCGUGUAUGUCAAGAAUACAAUGUUAAGAGCCUCCUGCCUGCAUAUUAUGUCAUCUAGAUAUGAAUGCCUUGGCAAACCGGUAGGGCUUCAUUGCUUUGUUCUGUAAACAAGUGACAUUGGUCACUCAUCGAAUGGGUUCCAUUGUAUUGGAAUGUGGUUUACAUGCUCAACAAUCAUCACUGUAAUUUCUAUUCCAAAUCAAAUGUUAAUAAUCUGCGCUACUUCUUAUUUUAAUUUUUUA